AUGGAAGCCAGCCCGGAAGUUGCGGCCAAUAUGGCGAUGGAGAAAUCUAACGAACUUGAGCAGUCAGAGGAAAAGAAAAGCAAGCUUGAGGAGACCAUCGAGAGCAUCAAGGAGACGGAAACCACGGAGCAGACUGAUGAAGCGAAGAAGGACCGCUUGGAACAGAUUAUGGCUUGGAAGGUUGUACUUUUUAACGACGACAUUCAUAGCUUCAAGUAUGUCACGGAAGUACUGGCUAGCUCAAUACCGCAGCUCACCCGUGAAGUUGCGCACACAAUCACCGUAGAGGCACACAAUUCGGGCAAGGCAACGGUUAUAUGCACCUGGAAGAGCAAGGCCGAAUUUUACUGCACAGCCUACGCACAAGUGCGCAACGUCGACCCGCUGGAGCCGUGA